CUGACACUACGCAUGCGCACUGAGACAAACGCACUCGUAUAUUGGGACAUUGUGCAGAUUCGAGCCUGAAAAUGGGGGACAAACAGCAAUAAAAUCUGCAGACACACCUCUAUUGGAGCCAUGGUUCAUCGUGUAGAGGUUUUCCUUCGCCAUGAAUAUGCGACCCGAAUGCUUUUCUAAAGCAGGAUUGUACUCAAAGAAUUGUGACUUCAGCCCAUCUCAAACAAGACAUCCAGUUAGUGUCCAAAGAGAGAUCAGAGAUCCUCUAUGUGACACACCAGACGACACUAGAGAACAUCUGAUCUCGCAAAAGAACUUAGAACGGGCUUCAUUGCCUUCAAAGCCUGGCAGAGAGUUGAUCGUGGCUUCAGAGGCUGGCUCUGUGGGCACAGAAACACUGUCAUCUCAAGCUAAACAAAUGGGGGGUGAAGGCACCCCUGUAAAAAGUAAAACUCCUUUUGGACAGACCAACGCCAUUGAUAACAAGCCAGAGUUUGUAUCCAUGAAUUCUCAUAUUAAUUCUAGAGACCCUGUUGGUGAGAAAAAUGCUAAAGAGACUAUGGGGGCAUCUCACGAACACUCGGAGGGUAAAAGGACCAAUAUGAAGAAGAUCAGUGGCAAUCCUCAUGCACAAGCGUCUUGCCUUAAACAACUGCUGUUGCUUCAACUGGACUUGAUAGAACAACAACAGCAACAGCUACAGGCUAAGGACAAGGAAAUAGAUGAACUCAAAUCAGACAGAGACACGCUGCUUGCCCGUAUUGAGCGGAUGGAACGUCGUUUGCAGUUGUUAAGCAAGGAACCACGUGACAAGAGGCUCUUCCAGCCUUUAGAGAGAUGGGUUCCAGACACCGAUGACUUUUGGGAAUCAGAUUUGGGGGACAGCGUGCAAACUCAGGCAUCCAAGUCAAGUGGCAAAGUGCAAAAGAGAAAACUAAGCGCAACUGAAACAAAGACGCAAAGGUCAAGAGGCAAGUCCACAAGGACAACUCCCCAAAAAUCAGACACAAGCGGGCCAUCACCAUGUCAGCGUGAGCUGCGGAGCAAGGAGACCCCAGAGAAGGCAAACACUGGGAAAUCGUCCAGAAAGACGGACCAGCAUGCAGAGGGAGAAAGCAGCAAAGAAGCAGAAGAACUUCCCUACAUGACAACGACUGAAAUGUACUUGUGCUGCUGGGAACCUCCAGAUUCUUCAUUACAGGAAGAUUGUCCAAAGAAAGAAGAGGAUGUUGCAAGUAGGUUCCUGAUUCAAAUGCAGAAUGCCAUAUAUAAAUGCUGGUUAACUAUUAGUAAUGUGAAAAAUAUUUUCGCAGUACCAUCGUGGAGGGAAAACAUUAUGGAACCCCUAAAGGAGGAAGAUGCUGCUGAUCUCCCUGAAAGUCUUGAUGACAGCGUUUUCCUGAAACGGCAUGCCAAGUUAGAACUUGAUGAGAAGAGGCGAAAAAGAUGGGACAUUCAGCGAAUACGUGAACAGCGUAUGCUUCAAAGACUGCAGCAGCGCAUGGAGAAGAAGAAACCGAAUGUUGUUCAGGAGAGCGAGCCUGAGGUGUCCUCAUUUCACCCCGAUUUGGAAAAUGUGGAGGCCAUCAUGGUCACACCCUUUCUGCCCGUAGUGGCAUUUGGACGGCCUUUGCCCAAUUUGACACCACAGAACUUUGAGUUGCCAUGGCUCGAUGAAAAAAGUAAAGGUCGUGUCGAAAACCAGAAGAAACAAACUCCACACAGGACCUGUCGGAAAUGAGUCGCAAAGAUUCUGGCCAAGUGUCCGGCUUGAGUGCCACAUUCUGGAGCGAUACUUCACAACGUCACAUUAAAGCAGAAUUUGAUCAGUCGUGUGAUGGCAUCUGCACUCAAUCUGCUCACACAUAGACUGUUUCGUCGAGAAGGAAAAGGCAGCAAUACAGCUUUGCUUUCUGAUAAUAAAGCACUAGCUGCCCGGCUAACUGCUAUUUUAGUUCCUCACAAUCAUUGUGUGGCCUUGUUUUGAACCUUUACUUGUAGUCAUGUUCUGGGUACUUUGACGGAGGUGAAGUGAUAUCGGUUAUUGCAGGCUUCACUGCAAACACUGUUUUAAUGUCCACUAAACUGGUUAUGGAGUAUUGCUGCACAUUUGCAUGUAAUUCCUCAGUAUAUUUGUGUUGAGAAUGACGUUUGCUUUUGAAAAUGUAAUUGUGCAUGAAUGUCAUGAAUAUCCUAUGCCUAAAAAAUGUACAUAUUUUUGUAAGCAUAGUGUAGUUAUUUAGAUAGGAAAGAUAUUGGCAGGAUUAGAAGAGUUCCCUGAUGUAAACAAGUUGAAAGAAUUAUUUGUAUGGCCGUUCAGGUGUCAACAAAUCGGUUCAGCAUCCCGUGCUGGUUUAAGGACGCUGCCCUAAACGUUAUUUUUGGAUUCAGCAGUUGGUUUGCUGAUGAUGUUUUUGAUGUACCUCAAAAAUCUUAUUUGAAAAUACAUUUAUUUUACGCUUCUGUUUGCUUUAAACCUCAUCCAUGUCCAAAAGUGUUGUUGUGUCUUUAUUAACUUAGCAUACAUUCUGUGCCUCAUGGGAGUCAUUUCAGAGCAUGUGUGGUGUUUCCCUAAAGAUUUUUUGCUAAACAUCUUGUUCUAUCUAACAGCGAAACCUGAUUUUUUUCUUUCUGUGUGUGUGUAAAUGCUUAUUUUUCUCACCACCACACAUAUCAAUAGCUUUUGUUUCUUGUGGAUGUGUACAACUGGAUCUCUGUACAUAGCUUUACUGACAUCCAUUGGCUGUAAAUAAGGAAAAUGUUGCUGUUAUUUUUUUAUUUAAUGUCAGAAAUGUUGUAUGUCCAGCAUAGAUAUAAAAAUUGAUAGGAUUAUUUACAAAACAAGAACUUUUGUUUUUCAAAAUAAUAAAAACAGAACACGC